AUGUAUGAAAAUAAAUUAUCAAAUCGACAAAAGUUAGCACAUGCAGUGCAAAUAACACAUUAUGAAGGUGCCUGUCAUGCGAGUUUUCACCACUUAGUAACCAACAGAAAUCCAUCAAGUGUAUCUCACGUACCCCGAGUUUGUUGUCAGGGCCAGAGGAAACUCACAUACCCCGAGUUUGGUGUCAGGGCCAGAGGAAACUCACAUACCCUGAGCUUGGUAUCAGGGCCAGAGGAAACUCACAUACCCAGAGUUUGGUAUCAGGGCCAGCGGAAACUCACAUACCCGAAGUUUGGUGUCAGGGCCAGAGGAAACUCACAAAACCUGAGUUUGGUGUCAGGGCCAGAGGAAACUCACAUACCUGGAGUUUGGUGUCAGGGCCAGAGGAAACUCACAUACCCUGAGUUUGGUGUCAGGGCCAGAGGAAACUCACAUACCCUGAGUUUGGUGUCAGGGCCAGAGGAAACUCACAUACCCCGAGUUUGGUGUCCGGGCCAGAGGAAACUCACAUACCCUGAGUUUGGUGUCAGAGCAUUAGGAAACUCACAUACCCCGAGUUUGUUGUCAGGGCCAGAGGAAACUCACAUACCCAGAGUUUGGUGUCAGGGCCAGAGGAAACUCACAUAACCCGAGUUUGUUAUCAGGGCCAGAGGAAACUCACAUACCCAGAGUUUGUUGUCAGAGCCAGAGGAAACUCA